AUGGCGAAUAGACUUAAAACGUAAAUCCAAUUUAGUGAUGAUCAAUUUAAUUUGAAUUCCCUUGAAUCAACUGAAACCAAAAGAUUUGAAGAUCAUUACGAAUGUCUCCAGACCAUAGGUAUGAUAAUAAAGUCAUGAUGUGUGUAGGACAAGGUGCUCAUGGAGUGGUAAAGACAGCGAGGAAGAAAGGGACUGAGGGGAUCUAUGCAGUUAAGAUAGUGCGUUCAGGAGAUUAGGAAAUUCAAAAUAAUGUUAGGAGGACAUUCAAUAAUAAUCGAUGUCUAAGACAUUAGAAUAUAGCAUAGGAUAUUGAGUUAUUCAUAAGUGAGAAGAGAGAAACCUCCUAUUUGAUAAUGGAGUACUGCAACUUCCCCAGUUUGGAGAGUGUCAUCUAGAAGCGACCAUUGAAGACAGAAGAGUUGAAAGUGAUUAUAAAAUAAUUGUUGUCAGCCAUUUAGCAUUCUCACUCAAAGGGCAUCUGCCAUCGAGAUCUUAAGCCUGAUAACAUACUUGUGAAUUUGGAGGAGAAUAGCAAUCCACCGCAUCUGAAACUUAUAGAUUUUGGAGUCUCCCGUAGGUAUAUAUCCAAAGGAUAAGAAAUUGAAAUGCUUACUAAAACAGGCAAUAUGUUUUAUUGUGCUCCUGAAAUAUUUCACAAGGCUAGUUAUUCAAAGCAAGUUGACAUUUGGGCCAUAGGGGUCAUCUGCUAUUAAUGUAUUUUUUAAAAGUUGCCUUUGCACUCCAAUGAAAUAUCAGAUUUUGUUGAUUUGUUGAGUAACCCAGAAAAAUGGACAUUCAAAGGCUCUUUAAAUAAUAUCGAGAUGCCCUUAUAGAAUCUAAUUUUGUAAAUGUUGAAUCCAAGAUAAGAUAGUAGAAUAACUGUUGAAGAGGCUAUUCGACACCCAUUUUUUGAGAUCGGAACUAUUCGUGAUGUUAUGGCUUUAUUAAGCAAAGAUGAGAUUGGACUUGAGAAUUGUCGGAGAUGUAGGUCGUUGCAAAACAGUAUAAGAAUGAAUGAACGAUGGGGAAAUGUGAUUAAAAAAAUAUAAAGCAGUGCUUAUGAAGAUGACAAUAUUAACAUUAAUGAUUUAGUGAGAGACUUUGGGAACAUACACAUAAUACACAGACAUACUGAGAAGUGUGGUAUGAUACAACUAAUGAAUUCAGUGGGAAGCAGCAAUGCUUUUAUGAGUAAAUUGGGAUCCAGAUAAGAAAUACUUGAUAAAAGUUGUGGUCAACUGCGUUGCGAGUAAUCAAGUAUUCAUAUUGUAAAUAUAGUGUAAAGAUAAAACAAUCAGUUAACCGUUUGGAGAUGUGGGCAAUGUUGAGAGUAGUAGUUUAGAGAUGAAGGAGGAGCAGCAGCAUUCUAGUUAUAGGUUACUCUGUCAAUUGGGAAUAACUUUAGACUAUAGUUUGGAGGUGAUGGAGACUUUGUCUUGUGAGAGUGAUUUGACUAAUUAGAAGUAGAAUAUGAUGUAACAAUAACAGGGUUCUAAGAAGAGGGGAUCAUAAGUGAAUAGAGUAUUUAAUGAAUUAGGAAUAAAGGAGGUGGAUGA